CCCGCUAAGGAAGCAAGGAAGUAAAGAAGGAUCAAUCAUCUUAUACAAGCAUCGCAAAGUCAAACGAAGCGCUGAAAAUCAUGUCUGGAAACUUAGGAUGCGUCGUCGUAUCCGUUGAUGGCAGCGAAGGGAGCAUGGACGCCUUACGAUGGGCGCUUGAUAAUAUCAAGCUCCGACCUUCUUCUCCCGGUUCUACCCAACAGCCCGGUCACUUCCUUAUUAUUCACGUUCAAUCUCCGCCGUCCAUUGCUGCUGGACUCAAUCCCGGCGCCAUACCCUUCGGCGGGCCCACCAAUCUAGAAGUUCCUGCUUUCGCGGCGGCUAUCGAGGCGCACCAGAAGAGAAUCACUGAAGCGAUUUUGAACCAUGCUCUGCAGAUUUGCUCUGAAAAAAAGGCAAACGUGAAAACUCAAGUUGAGGUCGGGGAUCCAAAGGAAAAAAUAUGUGAAGUAGUUGAAAACGUGCAUGCUGAUUUACUUGUGAUGGGCUCCCGAGCUUUUGGCCCCAUUAAAAGAAUGUUUUUGGGAAGUGUAAGCAACUAUUGUGCCAACAACGUACAAUGCCCUAUUAUGAUUGUAAAGGACAGGCACGCUUCCUCCUAAGCUUAAGUAGACUUGUCAUCGAGGCAACUUUGUUAGGAGCUAUGUUGUGCUGUGUAGUCAAUAAAUCAAUCCCCAGCAGGGGGGCAUUCGCCAGAAAGUUUCACAAUACCAUUCAUGUAUGUGCCAUUACUUAUUGGUUUGGUUAUAUUUGUAUUAUUGUAUACCUU